AUGAAUUAUUCGACCGAUUACGACAAGAGUAAUGAGGUCGCACAAAAUGGCAAGGGCAACGAAGUAGCUGGCAUAAGUAAUAACAUGCAGGACUCCAAAGUGGAUGUUGCAGGAUUAGUGCCCAUACCGAAAAAGUCUAGGACGAUUAAAACUGACAAACCAAGACCGUUCCUUUGUCCUAUAUGCACAAGAGGUUUUGUGAGACAGGAGCAUCUAAAAAGACAUCAGAGAUCACAUACAAAUGAGAAGCCGUUUCUCUGUGUAUUCUGCGGUAGGUGCUUCGCCCGUAGAGAUUUGGUUCUCAGGCAUCAACAUAAAUUGCACGCAAGUUUAGUUGGUAAAACUCCGUCUGGAAAUAUAUCCAGUUCAAGCUCGUCGAACGAAAUAUCUGAUAAUGAAGCUCUAAUAAAUGUAAAUCAAAGUGGGGAGAUAGAUAAGCAUAUAAUUAAGAUUGCUGGAAAUAAAGAAUCGAUAUUGCCAACGCCCAGUAAUCCAAUGGCGAAAACAACAGCUCAAUUGAAGAAGGCAGCCAAACAAGCAGCAGCAAUAGGGGCUUCAUCAAACUCUUUGGGUCGAGAGACAUCUUCUUCUUCUUCAUUAAAUUCAAUGACAAGCAGAUUAGGUGUAACUCCUGGAGAGUCUCCGCUGACAGCACCUACAGGGCAACAGAUGGACACAAACCCUGUAAGAAAAAGGAAAAGACACGCUUCGUUCUCAGCAACAAACGCGUUCACUUAUAUAAACGAAAAUUUCAAGACUGAUGAUAUGGCAAAAGAAUUAGAAUUCGCACGAGAUAUACCGCAUCAAGUUGGUUUCGCGACACCUCAAUUAACGGCUCAAGAAUUGAUGGAAAAGCUGAUCGAAGCUGGAGGUAUCGACAUAGAUGCCUUGGGUCUUCCUCCAGAUUUCUCUCUAGAUGACGCUUCUCAGAAAGAGAAUAUGGAUGGUUUAAGUCAAACAACUGGUGAAAAUAUCAACGUCAAUAGCCCAGAUAUCCAAAACAAUAACUACAACAGUAGUAGUGUCCCAAAUAAUUGGACGGAACGAUACUCCUCUGAACUAAGAGAUAAUUACAAUAUUCCUCGCAAUUCGUCUAUUCCGUCAUUCUCAAAUACUCCAAUGACUCCGAGUGCUUACUUACUCAAAUCAAUGCCAUCUAUCACAAAUUUUUUAACCAUGGGAUCAACAGGAGGUGGCACCAAUGGAUUCACGGGAACUUACUCGGUAGAUUCAAAUUUGACUUCCUUUGGAUAUGAAUCUCUAGAUUCAUUGGAUUCUCAUGCAAAAAUUAUGCCUGACAACACCAAUAAAAGUAAAAAUGGAGGAUUGUUCGUACAGCCAAUUCAAAAUGAUAAAAUUAAAAAUUCAGAUACCCCAAAUCCGCACUCUUUAAUAAAGAAUAACAGUCUCACCUCAACCUUAGAAGAUGAUCAAUGGCUUUCCGAGUUCAUAUACCAAUCCCAACUGUCUCCUGGUUUUAAAGUUGAUCUCGACAACAUAAACGAUGUGGGAUUUGCAGACGUAGUUUCCAAUUCUUCGUUAUCUGAAUCUUCGUCGAAGAGGCCCCUGUUACCUACAACUCAGAGUAUUCGCAACGGUUCAAAGAAAAAAAAAUUGCAAAUUGAUAGAAUCAGUAUCAGUCCAACCACAAGUAAUAAUAUCAGUGGCAGUAACUCGCCUUUCACCAAUAAUCGUAGGAACAGUUUAUCGUUGGGGCCGGCAAUCACAUCUUUCUUCACUUCUAGGCAAAAGGAUCUGUUUGACACGGGCACUAGUUUUAAUUCUUUGGGAUCUUCCCCUUCGCCGUUAACUGCUCCCUCUGAAGGCACAACCCCAGACCUAAAAGAUCCUUCGGUGGGUAAGCGCGCUGUUUUUUUCAAUGAUAGCCUAAGAAAUGCAAUCAUAAAAGAUAGCAAUCUAGAUCCUGAUCUUUUUCCGAGUUCAAAAGAGCUAAACAAUUAUGUCAAGUUGUACCAGAAGGAAUUUCACCGAUAUUUUUCAUUUAUUCAUUUGCAUACUAUUGUUCCUUCUACUAGCAAUUAUUCGCUUAUACUCUCCAUUGCCAUCAUUGGUGCACUGUAUGGCUUUCAUUCAACACAUGCCAUGUAUUUAUCGAAUAUAUGUUGGCUCAAAAUUCGAAAUCACUUGAAUACACUAAAUGAUCAUUACGAAAACACCCCGUUAUGGUUGAUACAGAGCAUGGUUUUGUUGAUAUUUUUUGGUAUCUUUAGUAAUGAUUUGAGUGUCAGUAAAACUAUAAAUACUAAAAUGAAAACGCUGAUUAAACUAGUGAAGCUCACAAAAUUGAAUUUACCACUUGAGAGUUUACAAAUGCCUCCAAUAGAGAGCGAUCAUGUUUUUGAAUAUCAAGAUAAUCCUGAACAGUUGAAGAAGUUUAGCGAUCAAUAUAAUUCUCCCGAACAGAUUGUGAAAGAUUUCAAGUACUUCAUCACCGCUCAAAGUCGAAUUAAGACUUGUCACAUGAUUCUGUUGAUCUCUAACUUAUUUACUUCUCUCGUGGGUUUGGAAUGCAGCUUUCAUUCCAUCGAUUUGAAGUGCGGUGUUCCGUGUUUUUAUGAAAAGCUUUAUUCUUGUGAGGACGCUGUAGAGUGGGGUAAAGGCCUUUCGAAGUAUCACAUCGAUCUGGAUUCAAAAUUCUCAUUAAUUCAGUUAUCAAAUGGACUGGAGGAUUAUCAGCAUUGUUUGAUGUACAUAUCUACUGGAAGCCAAUAUUAUUUCGAAACUUCGAAAGUCUCUUUCAAAACACUUCUGUCGAUGUUGAUAUCUAUUCAUGAAAAGAUUUACCUAGAAAGACGUAAUCUGAAUAGUGCGAAAAGUAACCAAAUAAACGAAAUGAAGUGGCGCAUGAAUUCCAGGCCAGCGAUUGAAUCAAUGCUGAAAUAUUGGGAAGCUAUAUAUAUUAAGACUGGAGGAAUUUUAACGAGAAACCAGGAUAAUAUUCCGAUAAUUAAUGAGAAUCCUUCCAUGAGACUGAUAAUUGUUCUGCAUUUGUUUGCUAACAUAAGAAAGUGUGUUGAUUUGACUGAUGUGAUCAAUAAAAUUUGGCUGAAACAGUGGACGGAAAUGAAUCUUACCCUAGAUAAAUUCUGCUCAGAUUGGGAUUCGCUGCGUGAAGCAACAGAUUUUGCUCUCAAUGUAAUAGAUUUUUGGGCUGACACAGUCUCCAUCAUGAAGAAUGUCCAAGGUACAGCGAUAAGCACUCCAAUAUUCUCGAUCACAUGUAUCCUCUAUUCGAUUUUGAUUGUCUCAGAGCAUAUGAGACAUAUCGAGGCUUGGGGCCAAGAAUUCGACCUUUCCAGUCCAAUGAAUCACGUUAUUAACCCCUACGAUAGAAUGUUAUGGCUAAAGUCCGAGCAAGUUCUGAAGAAAGUAGAGGCACAUCUCUUACCGAAAGGUUACAAUACGCAAUCCUAUUCGGAGUUUUUGCGAUCUCAGGCAGGCGGUGCAUUGGACGUCGACAUAUUAGAUAACGAUCUGGCUCAAAGAGCGUUGAAGCCAGAUUUCCCAAUAGCAUCCACUAUUGAUGUCAUUGUAAAGGCCAGACUUUCAUCUCGUUCGUUGUAUCUAGGUGUGAGAAUUUUAGGUGACGCGCCAAUUUGGCCUGUUGCGCUUUUGUUUGCUCAUGCUCUGCAAGCUAGGGCAAUCUACAAUGUCAAGAACACAAGUAGUAAGUAG